CUGGGGGAGGCGGCGCUGGGGCGGUAUUUCAGAGAUUGACUACACCACAGUGAUACAGGUCACUUAUUUAUUAGGCAGGCAUGCUUUUUGCUUCACGAAGCUUCUGUUGCCUUGGCAUAAGGACAUACCAACUACAAACAGAUUUGCUUUCCAGGUCCAUCAAACUUUCAGCCUCUGAAACAAUGGCCUUCAGACAUAAAAACACAAGACGAAUUGAAGGCCUUGAUAGCAAUGUGUGGGUUGAAUUUACAAAGGUGGCAGCAGAUCCCUCAAUUGUUAAUCUUGGUCAAGGCCUUCCUGAUAUAUCCCCUCCCAGCUAUGUUAAAGAAGAGCUGGCAAAGGCAGCAGCAGUUGACAGACUGAACCAGUACACAAGAGGCUUUGGACAUCCGUCGCUGGUGAAAGCCUUGUCUCAAGUGUACGAGAGAGUUUGUGGAAGAAAGAUUGAUCCUCUCACAGAUAUCCUGGUGACCGUGGGAGCUUAUGGAUCUCUCUUUAGUACAAUACAGGCAUUAAUUGAAGAGGGAGACGAAGUAAUAAUAAUAGAGCCAUUUUAUGACUGUUAUGAACCAAUGGUAAAGAUGGCGGGUGCAAAGCCUGUUUUUAUCCCACUGAGAUAUAAAAAUGAUGGAAACUCUGCAUCUAGUGCUGAUUGGGUCUUAGAUCCUGCUGAACUUGCAAAUAAAUUUAAUUCCAAAACAAAAGCAAUUAUUCUGAAUACCCCGCACAACCCUAUAGGCAAGGUGUUUACCAGAGAAGAGCUCCAAGUAAUAGCUGAUCUCUGUAUUAAACAUGAUACCCUGUGCAUCAGCGAUGAGGUGUAUGAAUGGCUGGUAUAUAAAGGAAAUAAACACAUUAAAAUAGCUAUGUUGCCAGGUAUGUGGGAACGAACAAUAACUAUAGGAAGUGCUGGAAAAACAUACAGUGUAACGGGCUGGAAGCUUGGUUGGUCUAUUGGCCCUCCGAACCUCAUUAAGCAUUUGCAAGUUGUUCACCAAAAUACACUGUAUACUUGCCCAACUCCAUUACAGGAGGCUUUGGCACAAGCAUUUUGGAUAGACUAUAAGCGCAUGGAUGACUCAGACUGCUAUUUUUACUCACUGUCUCGAGAGCUGGAAAGCAAGCGUGAUCGGAUGGCUCAGCUACUUCAAGAAGCUGGACUAAAGCCUGUCAUUCCAGAUGGAGGAUACUUUAUGAUUGUUGAUGUUUCUACACUAAAUGUGGAUCUCUCUGAAGUAGAUGAGAAACAACCUUAUGAUUACAAAUUUGUCAAAUGGAUGAUAACAUCUAAGAAGCUGUCAGCAAUUCCUCUUUCAGCAUUCUGUGGUCCUGAGACAAAAAGGCAGUUUGAAAAAUACAUACGGUUUUGCUUCAUUAAGAAAGACAGCACACUAGAUGCAGCUGAAGCGAUCCUGAAGAACUGGAAUAAACAGACAGCCUGAUUUUUCUUAUUAACUCUUCCAUCUGGUAUAAUUAUCUAAUAGUAGGGUUUUUAUUGCAAAUUUAAGAAAAAAUUACUUAAUACAGUACAGAAUUAAUAUGGCAUUGUAAAUAACUUUGUGCUGCCACCUGCUGAGGAGUUAAAACAAUGAUUUACUGAAAUAUGUGUAAUGCAACUCAGGUUAUUUUUAGCCUUUUCAAAAUAAUUUACUUUUUUUCCUAAAAAUAAUCUAUGGGAUUCACUUCUUUUACUGAAAGACAAAAAUUUGUAGGACUCUGCAUGAAAUAAAUAGAUGAUAUAGGUAUUUUAAAACUUACAAGAAAAAAGUGGGUGGUGUUUUUGGUAUGAGAUAGUAUAGGAACUAGGGGUGACACUUAAACAUCAUGGCUUGUGAAACCCAGUAGCCUGCAGUGGAGGAAAAUUAAGAUAUGCCUUAUAUUAGAAAAUUGCAGUGACUUUCUACAUACAUACCCACCUACCCUGUCCAUGGACAAAUUGCAUCAGUUUAAAUAAAGGGUUUGAGUUAAAUGAAUAGUGUUUAUACUAUAGACAAGAUUGAAAAGUGCUAAGUUGCAUAAUUACUAUUUUAUUUUCCCCACAAUAGUCAUGUGUGCUGUUCUGAAAGUAUUCAGUCCUCAAUAAAAUUAUAAAAGUGGCAUCUAGAAUAGGAAUUCUAUUUACUCUUGUCUACUUAUUUAUUUAUUUAUUACAUGGAUGAAUCUACAAAGCAAAAUAGAAGACUUUGCUUUAGAGGCUCCUUCACAAUUGGAUGUACAGUGACAUAAUUAAUCCUGUCAUCCUUUUUCUUACCAUGUUCACAACAUUGGUUACUUCACACCAAACUUAUUUCAAACUCUUUAGAUCUAGAGCGAGUGUGGAGAUGGGCCUAAUACUGUGCUAUGGAGCUCAACGAACUGUUUCAGGCUCAGUUGAUAAAGGACUGUUUCAAAAGAGAUCAAUAUGGAGAAUUCCUUUCCAGUUGCCUCCUAUUUCAGUUCUUUCUGCGAUCUUUUCAUCUGUGAAUGGGUUUCCCACUAGCAGAAGCAAUCCAGGUAGGUAACCUUUUAAGGUUGUAUGCUAUGUUCUCCCAUGUUAUUUCUAUAUUCUGCCCACAGACCUUAUGGUGGAAAGCCUGAACAAAUUCAAUAACCAGUUUUGCAUAUAUUUUACUCAUUUUGUGAUCACACAGCUGGAAUCUUAACUGAAUUCCAUCAGACUCUGACCAUGGCCAGGGCCUAAAAAGAGUACAGAAACUAGACUGUGAGAACAGCAGCUAUGCCUUUUCAUUAGUAUUUCCUGGUCUUGGGCCUUUUGGGAGUCCAGUAGCUGGGACUUCUGUAGUCUUUGUAGCUGUCUUGCACUGCCGUUCCCUGAAUCUCACCAGAAAAUGGUUGACUGUGACUUUUAAGGUGGUGUGUAGUCUUAGUGUAGAAAAAUCAAUUUAGUAAUAAAAAUGACUUAACUGAAAUUUCAGCGUGAAUUUCAUGUGGAAAGUCCUACAUUAAAUUCCAGGAGAAACUAUUUUUUAAGAUACUAAAUUUCUGUGAAAUCUACACUAUUUUACAAGGAGUUUAAAAUCUGUUUAGGUAAGUUGCACUGGGGAGCUGUGCUGUUGCAGGAGCUAAGAGAGCAGUGCAACAGUCUAUUGAGCUGCAUGAUAAUUUGGGAAAGGAAGAUGUAAAAUAGUCUGCUGCUUUAAUUGAAAAGUAAAUUUUUAUAAAAUUAAGCAAAUUUUUC